UCUUGAUCUAUACUGAGGGCAUGUUGCACGCAUCGGCAUCAACGGAAGCGUUGGUAGAUUUGUCUCGAUCAAAGCGUAUUUCUGGUAAAGUAAAAUCAAAUUCAUCGUUUGGAUCUCUGAUGGAGUCGUCGUCUUCUUCUUCCUUCCAAUCUCUCGAUUCAUCCGAAUAUGUUAUAUCUAAUUUAGAUCAUUUCAAUCUAUUCAUUCUACGCCCGUUCCUCGCUACCACCUUCGUCCUCUCCUUCAUUCUUCUAGGUUGGUUGUUGGCGUGGAAGCUAGUAUUGGUUCAUGUUCCCCUUGUGCAAGAGAUCUUCGGUUUGCGGAAUAAAUCCCGGAAACCCAAACCCCAGACUGGCCGCCUUUCUCGAUUCUAUAGCAACAUUAAUGCCCGCGACCCUGCUUCUGGCUGAAAGGACAGCUUUGGAUUGUAGAGGAAGCCAAUUUCUUGAAGUUUUCCUCUUUCAAAUGGUGGGGAAGCAAACAAACAAAACCAUGGUUCUUUAUCCACUGAUUUGAUGAUUGAGAGAGGAUGCUUCUUUGUAUAUAAACUGUUUUUUUUUUUUUUUUCAAAUUAUGAUAUAAAUCAGAUCUGAGUAUUGUUUGAUUCAUACUAAUUUUAAUAACAAAAGACAAAUGUGUGUAGAAUUAUUGGGUGACUAAGGACUUUGGGAACCAAUAUUAGUGUUAGGGCACAGCUGCACCUUUUUGAGGCCA